AAACACUCACCUGCUCACGGUAGUCUCUCUCUUAUUUUGAGGUCUGAUUCUUCACAUUCCUUGUUUUCUUUUCUUCUAAUUUUCUAGUACCUUGGAGAACGAAUCGUCAAGAUACGAGAGAAAAUGAGCAUUGGAUUCAGGAACGAAGAGGCAUUGCUUUGCGCGAAAGGAGAGCUUGUUUCGUUUCUCUCUCAGAACGGAUUUCUGGACGAAUGGGCCGCAGAGAGAAAGAAGAUCUCGGAACCAAUUUCUUUGUUUCUUUGUUUCUACUCUCUAUCUUUUACCGCUUACUGUUUCGGUGUUGUUUGUUUGUCUCUGCUCCGUGCACCACAUUAGCGUCAGGUGCACUCCGCAAACAGAAACAGCAGAGGGAAGGGACUAGUGAGCGGUAAUGGCGGAAGCAAAAUACUCAAAAGCCCUCCUCCAUUUAACUUUUAUCCACUACUUCUUGUCUCUUUUUUUAUUAAAUUAAAAUUUUAAAG